AUGCAGGGCCCUGAACCGUUACAGACUAUAGACAAAGAUAUAUGCGAUGAAGAUAUCUUGUUACUUUCGCUUGCCGUUUUAGGAGUAACGGUAUUAGCAUCUCCUCAAGCAACACCGUCAACAAAGGUGAACCCAACAGCAUGUGGACGUAUAUCUUCUUCUGGCCUAUCAACCUUCGGGGCGUCUUUUGCAUAUGAGUGUCUUCGCUCAGUCCCAAAUCGGGUUCAACCAGCACAGCAACUCAUUCAAAGUCUCAAGGCUUUCGUGGAAUGGCAGUCUACUCUUGCUUGGCUGAAAGAUCCCCCCAAGUCUUACGGGUUUCCUACUGUCGACGUACAGGGGAGUCUAGAUAAGAUACUGGAUACAGCGACGCAAGGGGGCUACGAGAGCGAGUAUGACUUCCAGGUUGCAAUCGUACAAACGAUAAACGCGGCUCACGAUGGCCACUUCUUCUAUACGCCCGAUGUCUUUACGGCAUUCACUUUUGAAAACAGAUUAGCCCAAGACAUCGUCUCUGUGUCGACCGACGGUAUUUCUCUACCAAAGCUUUAUCGAUUGUCCGAUUUAGAAUCCGGCUCAGCAGUCCCAAUCGCCGAGAUCAACGGCCAGAAUGCCACGAGCUUCAUGAUAGAUCUAGGCGCGCAGUUCGGAAGCUUCCAGGACAUCGAUGCGCAGUGGAACAGCCUGUUCCCAACAUACGCCAGUCCCAAUGCGCAGAGUCCAUGGGGGAGAAGCGAGAUAUACUUGGGACCUAGACUGACACUGACCUACGAGGACGGCAAGUCCGAAUUCGGCGAUACGACGGCGACGCUCAACCAAGGUGCGGAAAGCUUCGUCGGUAUCAUUACCGGAGACGAUUACUACGACCGAUUCUGCACCCCGAAGCAACCUUCCGGUUCGGAAAAUAAAGCUUCGAAAGCGCCCUCAAAGCGUAAGCGAAACGUGAGUCCGCGCGCGCGAGCGACGUCUCCGGACCUAACUCUUAUAGCAAAUACCCCCGAGAACACCACGGCGGGAUAUUUCCUUGACGCAGAUGGGUACGAGGAUGUUGCAGUGCUGGCUAUAACGUCUUUUGAAGAAGACGAUGAGCAGUACUUAACCUCCUUUCAAAAUGCGGUACAGGAGUUCCUCGCCCGAUGCCAAAGUGCUAAGAAACAACGGCUGGUAAUUGAUCUAACGGCCAAUGGCGGCGGUUUCAUAGCAGCCGGAUUCGAGCUCUUUGGACAGCUCUUUCCCGGCGCCAACAAGUUCACCGCCAACAACAUGCGUCUCUCGGACAGCCUAGUAGACAUCUCCGAGAUAUUCGCGUCGUCUUCCGCGACGGACCAGAAGAACGCUCUGGAGUCAUUCCCGGUGUUCUUCGACAACAUCUCCCCGGCGGGCGUGGGCUCGCCUCAGGGGGUGAAAUUCGAAACGGUGGACGACAUCAUGGCGCCGGUGACGCUCCACAACGACAGGUUCACGCAGUAUAUCGGGGAGCCGAACAACGUGCUUGAUACGACCGGGUCAUUAUCAAACGGAAGCCAGGCCGAAGCGAGCCCGCCCCCCUUUAAGUCGGAGAACAUCGUGCUGCUUACGGACGGGGCGUGCAGCUCGACGUGCACGACAUUCUCGUACCUCAUGCUCUUCCAAGAACGUGUAAAGACGGUGUCCGUGGGUGGACGACCGCAGAACGCGCAGAUGCAAUCUUUAGGCGGCGUCGAGGGCGGCCAAAGCCUCGGCAUGGACGCCAUAUCCACAGCCGCCUUCGUAGCACUCAGCCUGGCGAAAAACCAGAGCUUAAGCCAAGCGCAACCAACCAAGCCCCAAGGCGGGGGGUCCCUCUCGCUCCUCAGCUCAGCGUACGCGCUCCGGCGCGCGGCGGACCCGAGCGCGGCGGGCGGGAUCAACCUGAAGAACAACUUCGCGCCGUGGGACGCGGGGACCCCGCUGCAGUUCCUGCGCGAGCCGGCGGACUGCCGGUUCUUCUACACGCGGGCGAUGCUGCUGCCGGCGUCCGGGCCCGGGCCCGCGUGGGCGCGCGCCGUCGACGCCGCGUGGACGGACCCGCAGCGGUUCUGCGUGCGCGGAAGCAGGACGGCCGCGGCGGAUAGCGGGGCGCGGCCUGUGGACCCGGCGUUUGCGAAGGAUGGGCAGGCGCAGACGGGAGGGGGUGGUGAUGAGGAUGGAAAAGAUGGUGAUGAAGAUUCUGCUGGAGGAGCGCUCGAACGGAGUAGUGUCCGGAUGGUGACGCUCCUCGCGGCUGUCUCGGCUGUGAUGUUAUGUUUAUGAUAAAUCUGAUGAUGUGAGGGACGGAUUAGAAUAAACGGGAAAAGGGAAGGGUUUACGAAGGCUUAAAUGGUGAGUUGGUUGCAUCUGUUUUUAUUUCGUCUUGGUGCACAAAUAUAGGGAUUAUACAUAGACCAAGAUGCGUACAAAUAUCAAUAUGUUUACGGGUGUAAGGGAUGUUAUUUACGAUAUUCCAGUUACUUUAUACUGUUAUGACUCUUAAGUAAUAUGAG